CGUCCAUGCAGAGUCGGUAUCCGGAGAACCGUCCGGAAUCGGCGACGAUAGGUGUGGCAUGGUCCACUCUGAGCAACCGCAUCAGUCACUUCCUCAGCAUCCAUGGACCUAGUAUAACGGUCGACUCGGCCUGCUCGGCCAGUCUGGUGGGCGUGGAUGUGGCCUGCCGGUACCUGACACCCAUCAGGCCGACGGCAUGCUCGUGGCAGGGGCCAGUCUGUGGCUGACGCCCGAGCACAACGAAGAGCACGGGAAGAUGCGCAUGACGCAGUCGGCCACCGGCAAGUGCCACAGCUUCGACACGAAGGCCGACGGUUACGCCAAGGCCGAAGGGAUGAACAUCGUCUACCUGAAACGGCUGGACGACCCCUGCGCGAUGGAGACCCGAUCUGCGUCGUAAUUCUGGGUGUCGACGUCGAGACGGUGGAGAAAUAUCUCGGCCCGGAGAGCAAUGUCCAGAUUGCGUGCUACAACAGCCCGAGCAGUCUCACCAUGUCUGGCACGGCUGCGGCGCUGAAAUCGCUGGAGGCGCGCCUGAAGCAAGACGGCC